AUGUCCUGGAUGGACUCAUGGUCUCGUCCAUCGAAAUCACAGGCAACACCACCCCCCUAUUACCUACUGCCCGGUGGCGACAAAGUCCAAUAUUGCAAGUCAUGUGGCCGUGUGAUAGGCGACCGCAAAAAACAAGCUGCGUCUAGUUCAGCAACCCCAGCAAAAUACUGCUCUGCUCGUUGUCGUGGAGCGCGCGUCGAUAAAGGCCUGCAACGGAGAAUCGAAGAUACCUUUGCAUCGUUACUAAACGGAGAACUGCCUGUUGCGGUAGAAAAUACCACACUGGAGAGGGAAACUCCGCCUUAUAAGGGUGGACCCUCGGCAAAAACGGUCAAGAGGAAGAAAAAGGGGGAGAAUAGGAUUUUAGUGCAAUGUAGCGACGUCGAGAGUGUGGUGUUUGGGGAUAGAAAAGAUCCGGAGAAGCGCUUUGGCAGAAGGAAAAAUAGAGCGAGGAGAGGGGUUAAGGAUGGGGUGUGGAGGAGUGUUGAUAUGGUCAGUGAUGAAGAAGGUCCUGAGAGUAACAAGCCUGACCGCAUGGGAGAUGACACGACGGAUGGUGUUCAUGUGGCAGGUCAGACGAGAAUAGGGCUUGAAGAGACAGAUGAGGAGGACCGGACAAGUGACGGGCAAGAUAUAGAGGAUGGCGGGGCACCAAUCAGCACAGACAGUGCCCCCAUUGAGACCUCUGUCGACGCAGACGUAAUAGCAAGGCUUUCCAUCCGUUCUGGAACGCGCAUCCGGCCACCGCAAGGAGUGUCCGAAGUAAAUGGUGGUAUUGGCGGCGAAAAGGGGGUCAAGGAAAGGAUUUCGGAGACAGAUGAUAUGCUCGCUAAACGACGGGAAGGUCAGCGGAAGGCGGAUGAGAGGGAGCUAGUCAGGUGUGCUGCUCGGAGAGGGGUGGCGUUUGGCUUUUUAACUGGAGUGGGCGAAGAGCGAAGGCUAUGUGAGGCGGUUAUGCAGGGAAAGGUUGUGGAGAGCAGUUUUGCCAAGGGAGAGUGGGGUGUAAGAUGGAGGGAAUGA